AUGUUGCGUCCAAGCACGCCCGCAGAUGGACCGAGUGCUUCUGGCUACUAUACCCCCACAAAUGCCACACAGUCCAUGCCGGGCGUCACACGCUCGCGCACACUGUUCUUUUUGAGCAUCCGUGACUCGCUCACGCCGGGGUACGCGUCUUCUGCACCGCUCCUGCGCGACGACGCAGGGCGCAAACCCGGUGUAUUUUUUGACACGGACACUGUCGCACUCAGCAUACCACCACCGCACAGUUCGCUUCCCCCACGCUGGGUCGAUGUGUCGGAAGAGGUGGACCGCGUCCUUGUGCAGCUCACACCGAAAUUGGCAGAACUCGAUCGCUUGCACGCACGGCAUCUACUGCCUAGUUUUGUAGACAAGUCGGAACAGGAGCGCGAGAUCGAGUCGCUUACCGCGGAUAUCACAUCCGAUUUCCGCGCGGCAUCGCGGCACAUUGCACGUCUUGCGUCGCACACUACCGAGGUCAUCCGCUCGCGCACGCUGAGCCACGCUGAGCUCACUGCCGCGCGCAAUGCACAGACUGCGCUCGCGACGCGCGUCCAGCAUCUCUCUUCCGUAUUCCGACGGAAGCAGUCGCUUUACUUGCGCCGUUUGCAAGGAAUGGAGGAGCCAGAGAAACGUGCGGUACCCGAUCUACUUGAGAGCCAGAUUGCGGUUCAGGAAGAUAUGGAACUUUCGCAACGCCAGCUAAAAGGCGAUGUACAGGCUUCGCUUCUGUUGGAUACCCAAGACACGGACGAGCUUAACUCAUUCCGCGAACGCGAUUGCGAAAUUACGCAAAUCGCGAAGUCGAUUGGCGAGUUGGCACAAAUGUUUCAGGAUUUGAAUGCACUCGUGAUCGAACAAGGGACCAUGCUGGAUCGCAUCGAUUAUAAUAUUGAGAAUAUGGCUACAGAUGUACAAGAGUCAUCGGUCCAGCUGAGGCAGGCGAUGGCGUACCAAGCAGGUGCAGGGCGCCGCCAACUGAUCCUGCUGCUUCUUUUGUCUAUUGCAUUGCUGGUCGGACUCUUGGUCGUCCGGCCUUUUUUUCGUUAG